AUGACCAGGCUCCGCGGGCCGUCCGUGAGCUCCCACGAGGGUUCGCGUCCUGGCAUCGCUAUCGACCGGUCACAGUGCCAUAGGUCUAAACUUCCGCAGGGUGCCCCAGAUAUUAUCUCUCGGAACACUGUUGAUGUUUCGGAUCCCGCGCAAGUCCUAUUGUGGUAUCGUGACGAACGGCGGCGGCAUUUCAAUAUCCUGGUUCGAAGGCGAGUAUAUGCGCACCCAUGGUCGGCCGCGUAUAAAAAUCAACUACUCUACGGAUGUCAAGCGCCCAAUUGCCAAACCCCAACAUGUGCUAGCUAUCGCAGGAGGGUGACAGAAGGACCCUAUCGCCGUUACACCGAUCUAAGCGCGCGGACCCUGGCUUGCUACCUAGCAAGCUUAGACAAUGCGGAAACGGGACUUUGUCGCAACCCUCCCCGUGUACACACCGAGCUGUCAUCUCAGGACACAGCGCGCCGGUCGAGACGUCGAAACCAUGCAUCCUCCGGUCAAAGCCCGAUUCGCGAUCGCCCCGUCUCGAUCACACCAUCAGAGAGAUCCAAGAGGAAUCGUUUACAGGGCACACCGACCGAUAGCGUGGGAGACGAAAAACCGGAGGUGCGAUACUUGGGAAAUGAUGUUCCGCUGAGUUCUUCACCAUUGCGCGGGUCGCCGGAGCCUAGCAACAGCCCGGUCCUACGCAUGAAAGACCCCAAGUCUUUCACUCAGAAUCUAUUUGAUACGCUGUCACUGCGAAUGAUCGAAUGGCUACCGCUACGACGCUCUCCCGGCUCUUUUGACCUUGACCAUGGACGCCCGCACUAUCGAGAAAACCCCCGGUCACCGAAUUCGGAUACUUGCCAGGCACACAUGGAUUCAGAUAAGGACCAACCUCAUUACAAACAGCGCCCGUAUCAAGUCAACGGUGGAAGCAACCCCCAUACACCUUCGUCGCGGAGCACGGGAGGACAAACAACUGCAGUGGAGUUGAAAUUACCGAAUCAGCAAUUCAAAAGAUUAUCCUUGACCGAGACUGACUUGCGGAGGUCGAACUCAAAAUCAAGCCUUGAUGAUAAAUCCUUGCCGGAUUUGAAACCAGCGCGGAAGCUUUCAGUGAGUGCGCACGCGAGUACCAGUGUUGAUGGAUUCGCCAAUGUUCCUUCGCCACCGGCGCUUAAGCAUCGCCCCCAGAAACAUCGUGGAAGAGCCGCUGACACAAACGUCACUCGUUCGCAUGAGAAAGCCAAGAAAGAGAGGCGUGUCUCUUGGGACGGGGCUAAGUUCUUGAAUGACGUUCAGUCCUCAAACACCCAGGAGACUUCCGGAUCCAAGGAUGAAAUCUCUCCUAAGUACCAACCAGCCUCUGACCGCCGCCGCCACCAUAGCCCACAAUUGGUGCAGGAAACAUCUGCUAUCCAAUCACUCAGUCAUCUCAACAGUGAGAUCAUCGACGGUUUACGACAGCUGCUGAUAAUUUCUGACGAGGAAGCUGAGAAAUGGAGGGAGGAGCUGGCUCUGAUGGAAGUCAGCGGCAGUUUCGAGGAUACGGAAUGGCGAAUUGCAACACCUCGGCAGCGCACAGUGUUCGCAUUCAUAACUCAGAGUGUUUUCUAUGCUCUUGGGAGUAGUCGACAGCUGUUACGCUCAUUUCGCGAUGAUUCGAGUCCCCUCAAUGGGAUCCUCGAGGGUUCCAAGCUCAACCUUCAGCAGCUGCAGCCGGCACUACGCAAACUGUUUUCCAUUUGCCCGAGGGAUAUCAUCUUCCACAGUCUCUGGAAUGCUUUGGAGGCACUAUUUGUUCCGCCCAGAGAGCUGUCGACGUCAGGAAGACUCUCCCGACGUUCGUCUUCCAAUUCCAACCCUGCCACAGCUGUCUCAGCUCCCAUAAUCAUUCGCCGUGCGUCUGAGACUGCCAGCCAGCAGUACGUUACUGAUGCCAAUGCAGCUGAUGUGACAGCGGUUGUCCUGUUUGCAUUGGCAAGUUCUGUGCCUGAACUAAAUCCUGCAACUUGGAGUGGUAUGAUUCGGAUGCGAUCCACUGGGAACGUGGCAAUGAGUGCGGUUAUGGAGAUGUUUGGAUUGGAUGACGCUCGGGUUGUAAUUGAAGCCACAGACGUGCUGGAACACGAGCUGGCUCUUCGAUUAAUUGAUCGAUUGGUACGUGCCCUUACCGCGAGGCUGGCUUUUCACGAGAUAUCAAAAACUCGCUCCGGGUAUACACCAGAAUCUUUGAAACGGAAGGGCAACGUUUUGGAUAACUUCAUCGAUACCCUCGGUCAGCAUCAUGAUCUUGUGAUCGGGUCAAAGAAUGACGAGCGCUCGAGCUUGCGCUCCCCUAGUACGCCCGCCAUAAUCACUGAGUGGUUACGUACUCUUUUCAUGAAGACCUGGGGUGGAGAUCCUGAAAUUUCCAGAAGCAGCUCCGAAGGGGGUGUCGUGCAGAUAUUAUCCGUGCUUCAUCGAGAGCGGAAUCGCCUGGGCCUCACGUCCGAGGACUUCCACACUCCUUUCCUCUCUGAACGCCUGGAUCCGCUUGAGAUGCCCGUUCAAUGGAUGGCACGAGUACCCAGUAAUAAGACACUACACCUGUUGUCUUUCUCCUUCCUAUUCCCCCCGUCGGCGCUGGUGACAUAUUUUCGUGCUCUCAACUACUCCGCAAUGUCGAAAUAUUACGAAGCCGCCAUGACAACCACGAGGCAUGUGACUCAGACUGCCUUUGGUGCUAUCGAUAUUCAGGAUGAUGUUGGCCUUCUUGCGAGGAUGAGAACCUCAAUGACCACCUAUCUUGUUCUUGUUAUCCGACGAGAUAACAUACUCACAGACGCUUUGAACCAGCUUUGGCGGCGUGAGAGACGUGAGCUUAUGCGGCCACUGAAAGUCCAAAUGGGUAUGGAUGAAGGGGAAGAAGGGCUCGAUCAUGGUGGCGUUCAGCAAGAAUUCUUCCGACUGCUAAUGGCGGAGGCUCUUGAUCCAUCCUAUGGCAUGUUCACGACGGAUAGCCGCACUCGUUGCUCAUGGUUUCAACCUUGCUCAUGGGAACCACUGUACAAGUUCGAACUUCUUGGGUUAUUGAUGUCACUUGCAGUUUACAACGGCCUAACGCUUCCCGUGAAUCUUCCUACGGCAUUUUAUCGAAAGCUACUGGGGCUGAAGGUAAAGCACCUGGACCAUAUUCGCGACGGAUGGCCGGAGCUUACCCGUGGCCUGGAAGAGCUACUACGCUGGAGUGAAGGCGAUGUCGGUGAUAUUUUCAUGAGAACGUAUGAAUUCGGUUUUGAGGCAUUCGGCCGCGUUGAGACUGUCGACAUGGAAAAGGUCGACAGAGAUGCACCCUGGCCGAUUCCGUUACCUCCGCAGUCUGGUCGUUCUGUGCGACAUUCUCCCUCUUGGUCUGAUGUCCGCCGCUAUACAGACCUGGCAUGCCUAAGCCCACCGUCUUCAAUGGCUGCCGAAACAGCUGACUCACAUGAUGGCGCUGCGAAGUCCGCCAUAAGCUUGCCUCCUUUGCCAUCGCCGACAUCGCCGGCCGAGGAAGCUUCUCUAGUGACCAACGAGAACCGUGUGCAAUUUGUCAAGGACUAUAUUUUCUGGCUGACCGACAAAUCUAUUCGUCCCCAAUUUGAGGCCUUUGCACACGGCUUCUAUACGUGCCUUGACCGGCCAUCUCUGUCUAUCUUCACCCCGGAAGCGUUGAAGACCGUGGUUGAGGGCAUCCAGGAGAUUGACAUGGCACAGCUGGAACGCCAUGCGCGGUACGAGGGCGGCUUCGGUGCGGGUCACCGAGUGAUACAGGACUUUUGGAGUAUCGCGCAUACAUUCAGCCCCGAGAAGAAGGCGCAGCUGCUGGAGUUUGUCACCGCCAGUGACCGGGUGCCUGUCAACGGGAUUUCGAGCAUCAUGUUUGUGAUCCAGAAGAACGGCGUAGGUGAUGCUCGUCUUCCGACCAGUUUGACCUGCUUUGGACGACUUCUGCUGCCAGAGUACUCCUCGAAGCCCGUCCUAGAAGAGAAGCUCAACAAGGCGUUAGAGAAUGCGCGGGGAUUCGGCGUUGCGUGA